AUGGUGUCCAAAUCGUAUUCCAAUCUUUUGGAGCUUACCUCAGGCGAGGCUCCUUCGUUUGGCCGAAUUGGCAGGCGAAUUCCACGUAUUAUGACUGUUGCCAGUUUGAUAUCCGAUGUUGAUGAUGAUCCGUCCGAGAGUGCGUGCUCCGAAGACAUGUCUUCAUCUUCAGUCCAACGUGACCGAAUCAUAAUAGUGGCUAACCAGCUCCCCAUAAGGGCGCAGAGAAAAUCAGAUACCAGUAAGGGUUGGAUUUUCAAUUGGGAUGAGAAUUCACUACUUCUCCAAUUGAAAGAUGGUUUGGGGGAUGAUGAGAUUGAAGUCAUUUAUGUUGGUUGUCUUAAGGAAGAAAUUCACCCAAAUGAACAAGACGAGGUUUCCCAAAUUCUUCUCGAGACCUUUAAAUGUGUCCCAACCUUUCUCCCACCAGAUCUUUUCAGCCGGUAUUAUCAUGGGUUCUGUAAGCAGCAGUUGUGGCCACUGUUUCAUUACAUGCUACCCCUUUCGCCGGACCUCGGUGGUAGAUUUAACCGGUCCUUAUGGCAAGCAUAUGUGUCAGUGAACAAGAUUUUUGCAGAUAGGAUCAUGGAAGUGAUUAACCCAGAAGAUGAUUUUGUGUGGAUACAUGAUUAUCAUCUGAUGGUGUUGCCAACUUUCUUGAGGAAGAGAUUCAAUCGCGUGAAACUUGGGUUUUUCCUCCAUAGUCCGUUCCCUUCGUCUGAAAUUUAUAAGACAUUGCCUGUCAGGGAAGAGAUUCUGAGAGCCAUUUUGAAUUCUGAUUUAAUUGGAUUCCAUACAUUUGACUAUGCAAGGCAUUUCCUCUCAUGCUGUAGUCGAAUGCUUGGUCUUACCUAUGAAUCCAAGCGGGGUUACAUAGGCCUCGAGUAUUACGGUCGGACUGUUAGCAUCAAGAUUCUUCCUGUUGGUAUACACAUGGGUCAGCUGCAGUCGGUUUUGAGCCUCCCAGAGACUGAAGCCAAGGUUGCUGAGCUUAUGAAACAGUUCUGUGACCGAGGAAGGAUAAUGUUACUCGGGGUAGAUGACAUGGACAUUUUUAAGGGUAUAAGUUUGAAGCUUUUGGCAAUGGAGCAGCUGCUUGUUCAGCAUCCAGAGUGGCAAGGGAAGGUUGUAUUGGUGCAGAUAGCCAAUCCAGCCAGGGGUCGGGGAAAAGACGUGAAAGAAGUUCAGGCUGAGACAUCCUCAACUGUGAAGCGAAUUAAUGAAACAUUUGGGAACCCUGGGUAUAAGCCUGUCGUGUUGAUUGAUGAGCCACUCAAGUUCUAUGAGAGAAUUGCAUAUUAUGUUGUUGCCGAGUGUUGUUUGGUGACAGCUGUCAGGGAUGGGAUGAAUCUAAUACCAUAUGAAUACAUAAUCAGUCGGCAACGGAAUGCGAAAUUGGAUAAGGUUUUGGAGUUGGAACCCUCCAACCCGAAGAAGAGCAUGUUAGUUGUCUCCGAGUUCAUUGGCUGCUCCCCUUCUUUGAGUGGAGCAAUUCGUGUGAACCCCUGGAAUAUUGAUGCUGUGGCAGAUGCAAUGGACUGUGCCCUAGAGAUGGCGGAGCCAGAAAAACAGCUCCGACAUGAGAAGCAUUAUAGAUAUGUCAGUACCCAUGAUGUUGGGUACUGGGCUCGUAGUUUCCUCCAAGAUCUGGAAAGAACAUGUAGGGGCCAUUUGCGUCAGAGGUGCUGGGGUAUUGGGUUCGGUUUGAGUUUCAGAGUUGUGGCCCUUGAUUCGAACUUCAGGAAGCUCUCUAUGGAGCAUAUAGUUUCAGCUUACAAAAGGACCACAACUAGGGCAAUCCUGCUUGACUAUGAUGGUACAUUGAUGCCUCAGGCUUCCAUUGAUAAGAGCCCAACUUCUAAAUCCAUCGAUAUCCUCAAUAACUUGUGCAGAGACAAGAACAACAUGGUUUUCAUUGUUAGUGCAAAAAGCCGUAAAAUACUUGCUGAAUGGCUCUCUCCCUGUGAGAAGCUUGGAAUUGCUGCUGAACACGGCUACUUUCUACGAUUGAAGCGAGAUGCAGAAUGGGAAACGUGUGCACCAGUUGCAGAUAGCAGUUGGAAGCAGAUUGCAGAGCCAGUAAUGAAGCUUUACACUGAAACAACUGAUGGUUCCACCAUUGAAGAUAAGGAAACUGCACUUGUGUGGUCUUAUGAGGAUGCUGAUCCAGAUUUUGGAUCAUGCCAAGCUAAGGAACUUCUUGAUCAUCUUGAAAGUGUGCUUGCUAAUGAACCAGUUAAUGUUAAAAGCGGGCAGAAUGUAGUGGAGGUUAAGCCGCAGGGUGUAAACAAAGGACUUGUAGCCAAACGUCUACUUUCCACCAUGCAAGAAAGGGGAAUGUCACCGGAUUUUGUUCUCUGCAUAGGUGAUGACAGAUCUGAUGAAGACAUGUUUGAGGUAAUCACAAGUUCCAUAGCAGGCCCAUCCAUCGCACCCAGAGCUGAAGUAUUUGCGUGUACGGUUGGCCGAAAACCCAGCAAAGCCAAGUAUUAUCUGGAUGAUACAGGGGAAAUUGUUAGGUUGUUGCAGGGGUUGGCAUCUGUGUCAGAGCAGACAGUACCUCUGUAG